UUAAUAUUAUAUACAAUAUGUCUGUAUUGAGACAAUUAUAUUCAUUGAUUAUAUCGGAUAUAUUAACAACAAUAAUAAGUCUACUAAUUGGUUAUGUUGUCUACAAGUUGGCAAAAUUUUAUUACCAAUAUUAUAGUCUACCUCCCGGUCCAUUCCCAUUACCAUUUAUUGGCAAUUUAUUAACAUUCAGAACUCAACAACAUUGGGAUUAUAUUAUGAGAAAAUUGGCCAAAAAAUAUGGUCCAAUAUUUACCGUAUAUUUGGGAAACAGUCCACAAAUUAUGAUCACCGAUCCAGUCAUAGCUAGAGAAGCAUUUAAUAAAUCAAAUUUUGCGGGAAGGGCUGAAACUUAUUUUGCAAAAUUAAUAGGUGAUGGUGUCGUUAUGGCUGAUUACGGACCCAAUUGGGUAGCGCGUAGAAAUGUUGCGCACGCGGCAGUUAAAAAAUAUUCAAACAAUGAACGAUUGGUUAACGUAGUCGUCGAUUGUGUGGACAAAACAGUGGAAACUAUGUUGAAAACUGUUGGUCCAAACAAACCCAUAGAACCAUCAAAUUAUAUAUAUCUAACAUUUUUAAACAUUUUGGCUAACAGUGCUUUCAAUGAAAAUUAUAAUAUCGAUGAUCUAGAGUUUAAAAAAUUCAAAUAUGUUUUAAAAGAUUUCAUUUACGAAUCGGGAAUACUAAUGGCUUUCUGGGAAUAUUCAAAAAUAAUUCAAUGGAUUAACUAUAAAAUGUUCCAAAAACUAAUUAAAGCUUUAGAUGAAGUUCGCGAAAUUAUAAUUAAAAAACUAAAAAAUCAUUAUAAAGAUUACGAUCCCAAUAUUGAACGAGAUUUAUGCGAUACACUGAUUGCGGCAAAAAAUAAUGCACUGCUCCGGGAGGAGGAGGAGGAGGGAGAGGAAGGUAGCAAACAAUCGUUGGCAUCCUAUCUAUCGGAUGAUAAGCUCGGUUUGGCUGUGUUUGACAUAUUUUUUGCCGGAACCGAUACCUCCUAUAAUACAUUUCAAUGGCUACUAUUGUUUUUGGCAAAUGAUUUAAUGGUUCAAAAAAAAUUACGUAAAGAAAUUUUGGACAAAAUCGGUGACCGAUUGCCAACACAUGACGAUAGACAUCGAUGUCAUUAUGUAAUGGCAUUCAUAUCGGAAACAUUAAGAUUUAGAAAUGUUCUUCCAAUAGGUGUCGUUCGUAAAGCAAUAGUCAACAGUAAAAUAGGUAAUUAUACGAUACCGAAAAAUAUGUUAGUAUUUGUCUAUCAGGGGUUUAUAUUGAGAAACAACAGCAACAAGUAUUGGACAAAUGCUAAUCAGUUUAUACCCGAGCGCUUCCUCGACAGUGACAACCAUUAUAUGAUAACCCGUUUACAACAAUCAGCUUUCAUACCUUUCGGUGUCGGACGUCGUGUAUGUUUAGGCGAAAAGUUGGCCAUCGCUGACCUGUUUCUGGUUUUGAUCCGAUUUCUACAAUCGACACAAAACUAUGACAUUGUUUUGGACAGUCAUCCGGGUUUGGAUGCCGAUCCUAAUAAUAGCGAUCUAAUUAGUCCCAAUAGUUAUACCAUUAUGUUUAAAUCUAAAUAA